AUGGAAAUAGCCACUCAACAUCGCGCAAAGAGGUCGAAGCAUGUCGUGUACAAUGUUUCGAAUGAUGCUUUGUCCCGAUAUGACUGGGAUGACCCGACCGAAGACUACGAUACACUGGUUCGUUAUCUUCUCAAUUGUGCUCAACAGGUUAAGCUUUCUCAAGUGGACGCCUCUGCCCGCAUUCUACAUGCGACAAAGGAUCUCUUCUUAACAAGAAGAAACUUGAGGCUUGACCAGAACGCCAAACGCUUGAAAGGCUACGAGCAAAUAUUAGCUGCAGGCAAGCAGUGCGAUUAG